UACCGCUACUAGCUAGUUCGCGUGAAAACGUGGGGCGUUUGUGACGGAAACUGUGCGGAGAAAAGGCUGGUGUGUGGUGUGAAAAUGUCUAAAGUCCAUGUGCUGAGGGCGCUGGUGGAGCAGCGGUUAGCUGCAGCUGCUGAGGAGAUAUUCGAGCUGUUUGAAAGAACCAUAGCAGAGUACCAUGAGGAACUCUGGCGGUCUAAAGCAGGGAGCGGCCCGCAGCGCCCUCUACUGGGCGAUGUCUUCAACCUUGAUGUUUGCUUGAAUGCAGCAGCUCUGCAGCAGGGAUUGGUGUGUACUGAACAGGUUCACCCUGGACAGCAGGACUGUAGGCCCAGUCUGGGCCCAGAGCCCCCAUGGGAUAAGAAGGAACAAGAAGAGGCAGACAUCACCAUCACUUGUGUUCCUGUGAAGAGUGAAACUGAGGAACAGAAACAUCCAUCCUUAGAGACUCAUCAAACUGAGGAUAGCAGAGAGGCAGAACCUCAAGCCAGCAGCUCAAUGGAAUACAUGAAAACAGAAGCUGACAUUAAGGAUUGUGAAGGUCCAGAACCAGACACAAACCCAGAUCCAGAUAGUGAUGAUGAGACUUCACACUCUUCUGAAGCUGAGAUUGAACAGGAAGAUGAUUGGUCUGAGCCCUGGGAACAUCAGUCAGGUUUAGAAUCUGUAAAAAAUAAUGAAGCCCCUGUAUGUGUUAAAAGGCUUAAUCCUCCUGAGAAAACACUCAAAUCCUUCCAGUGUGGUAAAACACCUAGACAUGAGAACAUACGAAAUACCCAAAUGUUGCGUGAUUGUAACCAAAAAUCCUUUAGCUGCACUGAGUGUGAUAAGACCUUUAAAUACAAGAUCAGUCUGACGAGACAUAUCAGGAUUCAUACAGGAGAGAAACCAUUUGUGUGCUCAGAUUGUGGCAAAGCAUUUACUCAGGAGACGACAUUAACGUACCACAUGAGAUGGCAUAGAGGAGAGAAACCAUUCAGCUGUCCAGUAUGUAAGAAACAUUUUAGGCAGAGAGGAGACGUUGGCAUACACAUGAGAACGCACACAGGAGAGAAACCAUUCAGGUGUUCAGUGUGUAACAGGUAUUUUAGGCAGAGAGCAUGUCUUAGGGUGCACAUGAGAACCCACACGGGAGAGAAACCUUACGUUUGUCCAUUUUGUAAUAAAGCUUUUACCCAUAACCAAAGUCUGACACAACACACGCGAGUCCACACAGGAGAAAAGCUGUAUAGCUGCAAUGUCUGUGGUAAGAGAUACAGCACAAAAUCCUAUUUUAAAAACCAUAAAUGUUUUUUACUAACAGCAGGCAAAGCUACGGUUGUUCAACUGAAGUGAUGUUUCCUCAUUGUGUUUGUCCUGUCACUUUAAUGUGUCAGCAUCUGGCCAGUUUAGACACCAUUCAGACUGGGAUUGGCAAUCCAGUUCAGAUCAAAAUCAGGCCGAGUCCAGUUUAAGACAUCAGUUUUGUCUUGUUAUUCGAUGCUGUUCCGAUUUAAGAUUAAUUCUUUUCUAUCUGGAUUUGAGUGAUCCGCUGAGAUCUGAAUGCAAAUGUGGCUUGAAUCCAGCAAGCUCAAGGAUCAUGGCGUUAUACCUCCGGUUCACAGGGUCAGCAUCCAGGUCGUGUGGAAAAGCUGUUUGCAAACUUCCACCAAAUUCUGAAGUUAACUUUGCCCAAACUUUGUAUAACGUCUUGUCUUUGGUAAUAGCUGGUGAUGGCUGUGAAAUAAUCCAGAGACCAGGAAUAAAUAAACUAUCACAAUAAAUGUUUAUGACACAUUGGUAUGUGUGUGUCGGGGGGGGCAGAAUCUGACAAGAUUACUGAAUGUAUACUUGGAAAUUGUGGUUCUUAAUUCAUGGUCUUUUAGCUUUCAUGGAGAAGGUGGACAAUCAUUUGCCGAGACACUUUGGCUUCUCAUUUUGUUGAGUAACCAUUUUUAUACUCUGAAGAAUGACUCCAGAGUCCAUCUUGUCUUAUUCAGAAUUGUGAUGAUUAAUAAGAGAAAUAUUUACAGGAUGCAAUGCAACGGUUUCUCCAUCAGAUUUAUAUCAGAUUAGAAGGGAGGAGGAGGAGGAAAGACAGCAGUAGCUGAACCCCAACAUCAGCUCAAACAUACAGGAAAAGACCAUUUAGAAACUGAAAUCACAAAUU